AUGGAUGAAGCAGGUAAGAUACGCGGCUCAGCUCCCCUAUCCUUUCCCGUGUCCUGUUGCGCUCGGCGAGCUCGGUCAAGGCUACGUCAAGCGGUGUCAUUGCCAAGCCUAACAAGUGCUCGCGCCCGCGCUGCGCUCCCCGGCCGAUUCCCACCACCGGCGGGACCCCUGGCUGGCAGUCCACGAGCCCACUUGGAGUCGAUGCGUUGCAACCCCCACUGACACUGUCCAUCUCACUAUCAUCGUUCAGGAUUCCAUGCCCGUCGCAAAGGUCAGUUGUUCCUUUCAACUUGGUCCCACUGGCUGCACGCGACCGGUCGCCCUGGGAGGCUGGGUCCCUUGCGCCUCGGCCUGAUUGGCGCGAGCCUCGGCAGCACCGGCCACAAACUUCCCAGAGUGAUCUCAUCGUGCUGAUCCCGCAUUCCUCUCCUAAAUCUUGCUAUCCUACCUCUUCAGCCGACCGCGAGGCCAAAGCUGCCUUUCUCCGCGGCAAGUUGGGUGGCAUCAAUGCCGUACAGCCGAUGCAGGACGGUCAACAGAACGAGCAAUCGGCCCUACCCGCGCACGAUGAGGAGCUGCACGAUCAGCACCCGGAGGCCUCCAACGCCUAUGCGAUGCCGGGCUACAAACCCCCUCCUGCACACGCCACCGCUGCUGAACUUCCCGGGCCAGGCACACUCGCCCAACCGGCUCCGUUGCCCCAGUCCAACGCGAAGCGACAAAUGUUGCCUCAUUUGCAGAUGAUGUCAGUCGAGCAACCUGAUCGCUCGCCGAGAGAAGUUCCUGACUCGCCCGGUCUAUCUCUCCAACAACAGGACCGGACCAAUGCUUCGUUACGAUACCGUCAAGGAUGGUAUCUAUCACGCCUUCUUGAUGAUUGUCGUCGCAGCUUCGAAUAGCGAUACAGCGCCGUGAGUAGCGCCUCGUGUCGAUCUGUAGAGGCGGCUCCGAGCUAAGCCCAGAAUUGCGGUGAUUACCACAGGAUUCCGCCCUGCCUUUUGCUCGAAUGGGAUGCUUCAGCUCAACACAUCGGCUUCGAGCAUCAGUUCGAGCACCUCACCCUCUCGGAGCAGGAGAAGGAAGAGAAAGUGAACCGUCGCGCCGUCGCGGGUCUCAAAAUCUUCACCUACUACGGCCUCAAUGGCGCGAAUGACUUUUGGAGGUUCAAGAUCGAGGUCCCUUUGAGUGAGCGGGAGGAGGAAGUCUUUUACUCGAUCAACGUAAGCUUUUCGGCUUUUUUCGUGAUCACGAAGAGGCUUUCCUGACCUCAUACUCUGUCCAUGUCGCGAAUGCAGAAAGGGCCCGAGAACUCGUUCUUUGUCCCGGCAAAGAAUCAAAAUAUGCGAUGGGUCGGACAUUCGUGCAACGGCUUCAGUGGUGGAGUCGACACGGCGGCGUUCAACGGACCGGAUCCUCUGUGGCGCGAUGUCCUCCGCAAGCACGAGGAGAAGUCCCUUCACGUGCUCAUCGGUGGCGGUGACCAGCUUUACUGCGACCCUUUGACGAUGGAGCCCGAGAUCGCACCUUGGAUCAACGAGCCUGAUCCGGAGAAGAAGCGCAAGGCCCCCUUGACCGACGACAUCCGCCUCGCCUUGGACAGGUUCUUCUUCAACAAGUACUGCAGCUGGUUCCGCUCCGGCGCGUUCGGGCAAGCGAUUGCCCGCAUCCCCAUGCUCAACAUCUGCGACGAUCACGACAUCAUCGAUGGCUUUGGCUCGUACGACGACGCGACGCAAGCGUGCCCCAUCUUCAGCACGAUUGGUGCGCGAGGCAUGUUUUGGUUCUUGCUCUUCCAGCAGUUCAUCGUCGACGAGAUUGAUGGGCUGCCGACGACGUUUGGCCAGCACCCUUCGAAGAGCACCAUCAUUGGAGGUCCGGGAGCUUGGAUCCCUACCCCUUCGCACUCGUUCUUGAGCUACUUGGGUCCCCAGGUCUACAUCUGCUUGCUCGACUGUCGCUCCGAGAGGAAGAAGGACCAAAUAUGUUCGAGGUUGACGUACGAUCGCGUGUUUGCCGAAUUGAGGGCGCUGCCGGAUGAGGUGGAUCAUCUGGUCAUGCUGCUUGGUUAGUCGAUUCACACGCAUUCUUUUGCGCCGUUUGUCCGAGGCUGACCGCGACUCUGCCUUUGUAUCCUCAAACAGGUGUGCCAAUUCUCUACCCGCGUAUGGGCUUGAUCGAAAAGACGCUCGAGUCCAAAUGGAACCCGAUGACCCUGGCCGCCAAGACGGGCCUGAUGCCGAGCGCGGUCAACAAGUUCAACAAGGACGCCGAGUUGCUUGACGACUUGAACGAUCAUUGGUGCGCGUCGCUGCACAAGACCGAACGCAACUGGUUCAUUGAGGUGAGCGCUCAUUCAUUCCGAAUAAGUCUCCCCGCGAGAGAAACUGACCAUUUCGCGAAUGUUUCGGCGUUGCACAGGAACUGCAAAAAAUCCAACUCGACCGUCGAAUGCGAGUGACGUUCCUCUCCGGUGACGUGCACGCGACGUGCGUGUCCAAGCUCUUCACGCACAGCAAGAAGAUCGAACCCCGUGUCGAUCCACGCUACAUGCUUCAGAUCGUCUCCUCGGCGAUCGUCAACACCCCUCCUCCUCCACCCGUCAUUACGAUGGUCAGCACCUUCGGGAAGAAGAAGCACAAGACCCUGCAUCACGCCGACACAGACGAGGAAUUGAUCCCGAUCUUUGAGACCGAUACGGACGAUUCCAAGUUGAAGCAGAACACGGUGAUGGGGAGACGUAAUUACGUUUUGGUCGACCAUCAUCACGAGAGCGGGGAGUUGGGGUGGUUGAUCCAGGUGGAGGUUAAGCAGGGGUCCGGUACGACCAAGGCUUAUGGGAUUCAGGCACCGCCGCCGGGUUGGUGA